GAUGACAGCUCUAGGACAGUGCAGGGGGCGGACGCAUGCGUAGGCCUCUUGCAUGGAUGUUAGUCUAGCGAGUGAGCACGGAAUGACGAUCACGUGCAUGCAGUGUGUACCCAGAACGGUCAGAUGUUCCUAAUACAGCUCAGAGGAGAGACAUUAACUGGGGACUUGACUGCCUGCGACUCUCGUGGAGGAUAAACUCGUGGUCGUUGAGACCACAUUGAAUUGCGGUGGGUAUGAAACGGGUCGAGUGAAACGGUCAUCAGUCGACUUCGGCAGUUGGGGAUACUCUUGUUAGAUAAAUUGACGUUGUGCUUCAUUCUUGGGGCUGCAGAAAGCCAUCGCCUCUCGUGAAGUCGACUUUGGAUCGGGAAAGAUGUCGAAUGAGAUUGUGAACGUUCGUGAGUAUGAAGCUCUGGCCAAGCAGAAGCUGCCGAAAAUGUUUUACGACUAUUAUGCCACAGGGGCGGACGAUCAGUGGACUUUGAGAGAAAACAUUGAGGCCUUCGCAAGAAUUCGAAUAAGACCCCGUAUUAUGGUCGAUGUGAGUAAUGUCGACAUGUCAACUGAAGUUUUGGGAUUCAAACUCUCAAUGCCAAUUAUGGUGGCUCCGACGGGUCAUCAAAAGUUGGCCCAUAACGAGGGCGAGCUGGCGACGGCGAGAGCAACAUCUGCUGCCGAUACUAUCAUGGUUCUUUCAUCUUCAGCAAAUUCUACUUUGGAGGAUGUUGCGAAGACUGGCCCUGGAAUAAGGUUUUUCCAGCUCUAUAUAUUUAAGAACAGAGAAGGUGUGGCAGAGGUCGUCAAACGAGCAGAAAGGGCAGGUUUCAAGGCAAUUGUUCUCACAGGCGAUUCACCAUGCCUUGGGCAUAGAGAGAACGAUAUCAAGAAUCGGUUUACCCUCCCUGCUCACUUAACCAUUAGUAAUUUUGAAAAAAUCAGUGACAGCAGUAUACUGCAGUCGAAGUCAGACAAAUCAUCUCUGGCUGCUUUCGCAGAUUCUCAGAUUGAUUCAUCUAUUACUUGGAAGGAAGUUGCUUGGCUUAGGGGAAUUACGAGUCUUCCGAUUUUAAUCAAAGGGGUUCUGACCGGAGAAGAUGCUGCGCUAGCAGUCCACAGUGGAGUUGAUGGUAUCAUCGUAUCGAACCAUGGCGCUCGGCAGCUCGAUUAUGUACCAGCCACAAUAUCAGUUCUCGAAGAGAUAGUUCAAGCAGUGGGUGGGAGGGUGCCGGUUUUCCUCGAUGGUGGAGUUCGCCGUGGAACGGACGUAUUCAAAGCACUAGCUCUAGGUGCAGCCGGUGUUUUUGUGGGAAGACCAGUGGUGUACGGGUUAGCAGUGGAUGGGGAAGCCGGUGUCAGAAAGGUUUUGAAGAUGCUCCAUGACGAAUUCGAAGUGGCUCUGAAGUUGUCGGGUUGCUGUCAAGUGCAGGAUAUCAAACGAUCCCAUGUCUGGACAGAAAACGAUCCCCUGAGAAGAUCAAAGCUGUAAAGUGUCUCAAUGCUCAAAGUUUGGGCAAUAAAGAUUCACUCUGGGAGGCUUGUAUACAUGUCUUUCAUCGAAGACAUGCUAUCUAAUGUCGGAUUGCUUGGCAAUUCGGAUCACUCUUGAUAUUUUUUGUUUGGAUAUAUACAUGUUGGUAAGAGAUUCACCUCAGAAGUGAAUGGCAUGUCGUAGGUAUUCUCCCGUUUUAGUUUGAGCCAGAAGCUUGAACUUACAUACUAUAUAAGCGACAACUGGAACUUUCCACAUGUCGAACCACCACACAAGGAUGGGUGUGGGGGCAUAAGGCGAGUUUUACCGUUUUGAAAACCAUCGGACGAGGACCUUUCAAGAGAACGAGCAAAUACGAGGUAGUUCUUAUAAAGUUCUCAGUGUGGAAAUUUCAUUAAUUUGUAGAAACCAAAUUUCGAAUCAUGAUCAAAUAAGAGGUUG